CAUCAAACCUUCCUUUCCUUGAUAUGCGGGACCUGGGUUUUUAGUCCCAGAUUGCCAUUUGCAGUGUGCCAAGAACGCACCUAAGGGAUUCCUAUUGCGAGUCUUGGCCCUGCAAAUUUUUGAUCUUUUUAAUUUCAACUAUCUAUUUGUUUCAUCCAUGGGGAUAUCAAUGGACAAUGUUCGUGGACUUGUUUUGGCCGUUUCUUCAAGCGUUUUUAUUGGUUCUAGUUUUAUUAUUAAGAAGAAAGGUCUUAUAAAAUCUGGGUCCAACGGAACAAGAGCUGCUUUUGGAGGCUAUUCGUAUUUGCAUGAACCGUGCUGGUGGGUUGGAAUGGUAACGAUGGUUGUUGGGGAGAUAGCUAAUUUUGCUGCUUAUGCAUAUGCCCCUGCAAUUCUUGUAACCCCGCUAGGAGCCUUGAGUAUCAUUUUCAGUGCAGUGCUAGCACAUUUUAUUUUGGAGGAGAAAUUGCAUAUAUUUGGGGUUCUUGGAUGUGUCCUCUGUGUGGUGGGCUCCACAACUAUUGUUUUACAUGCUCCACGCGAGAAAAAUAUUGAUUCUGUUAAAGAAGUUUGGAACCUUGCCACAGAGCCAGGUUUCCUUGUCUAUACUUCCAUAGUUGUGAUUCUGGUUGCUGUUCUUAUGUUUCAUUUUGUUCCACGCUAUGGAAAAACCCACUUGAUAGUUUAUGUCGGAAUUUGCUCUCUGAUGGGUUCCCUUACGGUAAUGAGUGUGAAAGCGCUGGGCAUAGCUCUGAAGCUUUCAUUUUCAGGGAUGAAUCAAUUUGUCUACUUCCAGACAUGGAUUUUCACAAUAAUUGUGAUUUUUUGUUGUAUUAUGCAAAUAAACUACUUAAACAAGGCUCUCGACACUUUCAAUACAGCUGUUGUGUCACCAGUCUACUAUGUUGCAUUUACAUCGUUCACCAUUCUUGCAAGCAUGAUCAUGUUUAAGGAGUGGGCCUCCCAAAGUGCAUCACAGAUUGUAACAGAAUUGAGUGGUUUUGUCACAAUUCUAUCAGGGACAUUUCUCCUUCACAAAACAAAGGAUAUGGGAACUAAUCCAACCAUAGAAUUAGAAACCCCUGUAUUUAGAGGUCCACGCUCAAAUGAAGACUCAAACAACAGUUAGCUGCUGUAGAUCGUCAUAUAACAGGUAUUAUAGAUGCUUAAGUAAGCAUAACGCCCUCAACUGACACUAACUCCAAAUUCAAAAGACAUUUGUAGGCAUGGAAAGAGAAGACAAUUAUAAGAUAGGUUUUCAGCUGAAAGAUCUUGUUGGUUGGGAGAAAUAAAUUGUGGUGUACAGGGAAUAAAAGAUUUGGUUUGAUUAACUAGAAGACAUGGGGAUACAUUACUGAUAUAUUAGGGAUUCUCCAUACUUGGAGACAAUUCUUGUUUUUCUUUUUCGUUUUUCCUUUCUGUCAAAAUUUUCUUUCUCAUUUAUUAACAGACUUCUUAGAAUGUUAAUAUGAAAGAAAUUUUGUUUUUGGGGAUGUUUUUCAGAGAAGUAUAUAGAAAUGUAGAUGCAGAAUCACUUCAUGUGAAUAUCUUUUAUUUCAGGACUCAUCUGUUUGUGUUUGUAGGAUGUUUAUGUCUUCAGAGUAGAACACAUUUAACCUUCUAAGUUUUUUUUUACUGUACAAACCUUUUUUUUCUACAGUUUGGACUAUAUUAUAUUGUAAAAAUAGGAUAUUAUUGAAUGGAGAGAUAGGACUGCACUCAACAUUUCUAUUACCAUAAAUACCGAUCUCCACAUGGAAGAAAUGAUGAUUUUCAGUGCAAUAAAUUGUUAUUUAUUUA